AUGGACCCCUUUGGGCGACUCCCUUGCUUGCACAACGCGACCCCCGAAGUCGCAGCAUUCCUGCACCGGAACAAUGGCCUAUUCGCGCAGAUCGUGGAUGCAAUCAUCGAAAAUACGGACCGUGAAAGAGGCCUGCUCCCAUUUGUUCAGCGUGCCGUAAGGCAACUGGUGAUCAUCUGGACUGAGCAGUCAAGAAGGAAGCAGCCAAAUGACGACAACGAACAAGAGACCGAUCCGAAUGUCCUCAAUAACCUGCGAUACCUCGUGGAACCGUAUAUCGACGUACAGACACCCAUACCGCGGACCAUAUCACCGUCGACACCAGCGGCUGUUCUCUGUCAGCUGCUUGCACUAAUGACCCGGCUGCGCUGCCUCGUGCAUGCAUCAUUCCACGCGAUGGUCGCAAAGUCUCUCCGGCUGCGAAUCGAACACUUACUGAAGAAAGCCGCGUACACCAAUAUAUAUGGGCUUGGACUCGGCCAUCGCCCGCAGGUUCUCACAUUCUAG